CCUAAUCAUUUCUUUUGGUUGUUGAACUAAACAAAUACUUUUUUGCACCACACGUGUAUAAUUUUGACAAUUUUCUGAAUAUUUGUCAAUUUUUUAGCCAAACUUAAAGAUUUGAACAUGGGUUUUGCUAACGUAUGGUACUCUCACCCAAGACGUUAUGGUCAAGGAUCCCGUUACUGUCGAGCAUGUACCAACAAACAUGGUCUCAUAAGGAAAUACGGGAUUAACCUAUGCCGUCAAUGUUUCCGUGAAUAUGCUAAUGAUAUUGGAUUCAAAAAAAUGGACUAAGAACAGUUUUCAAAAUGCUUGACUAAGUUUAACAUCAAUACAUUUUGUAUUAUGAUCUUUUGAUUUUUGUCUAUACUAUUUAAGUAAAUAAAAAUAAAAUAAAGAAAUUGUA